GGUUCGUCGAGACAGUAGUUGCAUUAUUAAGUUUUUUAAGCCAUUUGUGAAUAGAUAGGAGGAUGUCUAAGCCGAAAACAGGACCUCAGGAUUUACCUCCUAAAGGAGGAUAUGCACCUUUUCAAAUUAAUCGUGUUAAAUUGGGAAAUUACUUUAAAGGUCCCUGGCCUUAUCUAGCAUAUUUAGCUAUAAACUUGUAUGCAAUGCGAACAUACCACGGAAUAUGGCUAGAAAAAUUUAAGGAAAAUUUGGCUAAUCGGGGUAAUGAGUUGAUUAUACGCACCCUUAUACAUGCUGAAAAUGAUAGAAAUAUAUUGAGAUUCCUCAAAGAAGUGAGAACACUAGAGGAAGAUGUGAUGAAAGACUUUCCAUAUUGGGAAACUGGGACAUAUCUUGGAGAGCCUAUAUUUAAAACAUUACCGGAAGAUACAUAUGUAAGACCUCGUCCUGCAGACUGUUUUGCAUUUAUGUCUUAUACUGACAUCCCACUCGGCCCGACAGCACAUCAUUGGUACUAG